AGAACGUUACCGUAAAAAACAGCGUUCGCUAAUAGUUUUGGUCAAUAUGGAUUUUUCUGACGGCAGUGGAGUGGACAGCGCGGUUCGGAGAGAACGGCCCGUGUCCAGACGGGGAUUUAGAGAAUAUAGUAAUAGUAGUUCUGCUGUGUCAAGGAGUGGCAGCAUGCGUCCAGCCUCAGCAUACCGCGGCGGCACAGCCUCUCGCCUAUCCACGGCUGCACUCGGUCCGGCCCCGCCGACAGCUGGCCGACAGUCCACGGCUAUGACUGGUUUUUCAAUGAUUGACCGGCCGAUAACCCAGCAAGGCAUCUCUGGUCUCCGCACGGGCACAGCCCGCGGGUUCCGAACCCGGCAACUCCAGGACAAACGUUAUUGGGAAGAGCUGAUGCAAGUCAAAGUGAGAGAGAUGAAGGCUGAGAUCGCAAGGCUGAGCGAGCAAGCUGAUGCUGGGGAGAGAGAAAGGUCGGCGAAGAAGCAUUAUGAGAAGAGGGUUAAGGAUUUAGCUCAAGAAUUAACUGAUCUACAAGGUCGCCUCUCAGAUUACAACACUGCCAUCCGCAUAGCGAACGGCGAAGCCUCGAAGCACUCAGUGGAAGAGCAGACCAGGGAGCUGGAGCUGAGCAAUAAGAAGCUACAAGAGGAGGUGGAACAGGUGUUCUUGGAGAAGCAGAGGAAGGAGAACCAGCUGAGGCAGCUGAGGGAACAGAUGGAGAAGGAGCAAACAACAAUAUCAAAAUUAUUAUCAGAAAUGACUCCCGAGCAGAAGGAUCAGUACAACGAGCUGGAAGCCACGGCUGCAGCUUUGAGAGAGGAAGUUGAACAGUCCAGGACUCGGAUUGAUCUGUUGACUAAGGAAAAGGAUCAGUUUAGCAAGGAGAUUUCAGGAUCUCAGAUAAAACUUCAUUUACUUGAGCUACACCGACGAUUGGCAACCGCUGAAGAGAAGCGUGACAACCUAAAGAAUGAAAUGAACAACCGCUUAGACCCACAAGAGGAAAGAGAAAAGCUUCUGCAACAGGUGAGAGAAGACAACGCAUCAAUCCAAUCGCUGGACAGCAACGCUGCCAGCCUGAAAGAACAGAUACGGAAGGUUCAAGAACUGAUCGAUGAGGCAGAACAGGACUUAGAGGAAGGUAACUCUGAGCGUCACCAAAAAUACAGAGAACUCAAGAAACGAGAGGAAACCAUGGACAAUUUCAUGUCAACUUACGAAGAAAACCUCAAAAAGGAACAAGACCGCAUCGAACAGCUGGAAAAAGACAUAGUUUUUGCUUUAGAACACAGCAGUUCUAAUAUUGACAUGGAUUUGAGUGAGCUGGACUCUUUGAAGCAGAAGGAGGGGUAUACCUCGGUGUACGAUGAGGGAAAGAAAUCGAUGGACACUUUGAUGAAGGAUUAUGAGAGGUUCCAGACUAAUUUGAAAAAGAUUGAAUCGACCCGCGAACGUUUAGCAACCGAGCUCCAAACCUUACCAGAGAAAACCCAGGCCAUGCAAGAAGAGCUCGUGACACUAUCGGACCUGGAGAGACUUCGCGACGAAGGCGAGGAACAGAAGAAAGCGUUAGAAACAGAAAUACAGCUGCUCAAAGAGAAGCUAGCGCCCACGGAGAGCGCGGUUACAGAGGCUGCUAGUAAACUAAAGAAAUUGCAGGAAAGCCUUGACGGCAACGAAAUGUACGCCAAACUCAACAAACUCGAAGACCAACUGGCUCAACUGGAAGACCGGAAGAGCGUUCUAGAAGAAGACAUAGCUUCUAUUACGAUGAAGGGAGACUAUGUGCCUAUAAAGAAAAAGGCUUUAGAAGAGCUGGCAGAGUUGAAUAAGAAGAUCAUUGAGGACUUAAAUUCUGGGAAGUCUUAUUAGUUCUGAACGGUGAAAAUGAAUAAAGUGGGCGGGAGCGUAAGUGAAAUUUCACUUACUCUCGCGACCCACUUGCGUUCACUGUAUAGACCCUGAUUUUGGCGCGAAAUGUGAAU